ACGUCAUUUCAACUCCUGCCAUCGUCAGAGGCUUUAUAGCGUCUGGUGGCACAACGAGCUGAAAGAUACACAUGCGCCAGUUCUUCACUUGAAAGCAGACCAAAGAAGUGGAAUCUCUAUACCCCGUUCUUUUUUAAAGGAACUUUUCUCUUGACAACCGUCCACAGAGAAGGUUUGAGGAUAAAUUGUUCUGCAGCUUUCACGAUGCUGGGUGCAGUUAAAAUGGAGGGACACGAACAUUCAGACUGGAGCACCUAUUACGCAGAGCCAGAGUGUUACACCUCUGUUGGAAAUAUGAACCCAGGGCUGGGGAUGAACUCCAUGAAUACGUACAUGAGUAUGUCAGGGAUGAGUUCUGGCAACAUGACCGCCAGCUCCAUGAACAUGUCCUACGUGAACACAGGAAUGAGCCCGUCCGUGACGGGCAUGUCACCGGGCGCUGGGGCCAUGAAUGGCAUGGGCGCGGGGAUGGCGAGCAUGAGCGCGGCGCUCAGCCCGAGUAUCAGCCCCAUGGCCGCGCAACCUCCGCCCAUGAACGCCUUGAGCUACACCAACAUGAACGCCAUGAGCCCCAUGUAUGGACAAUCGAAUAUUAGAUCACGGGACCCGAAAACAUACCGGAGAAGCUACACGCAUGCCAAGCCCCCUUAUUCGUACAUUUCUCUAAUCACCAUGGCCAUUCAACAGUCGUCCAACAAGAUGCUCACGCUGAGUGAGAUCUAUCAGUGGAUCAUGGACCUUUUCCCAUUUUACCGUCAGAACCAGCAGCGCUGGCAGAACUCUAUCCGCCAUUCCUUGUCUUUCAACGACUGUUUCCUUAAAGUGCCGAGAUCCCCGGACAAACCUGGCAAAGGCUCAUUCUGGACUCUUCACCCAGACUCGGGCAACAUGUUUGAAAACGGCUGCUAUCUCAGGAGGCAAAAGCGAUUUAAAUGCGACAAAAUGCACUGUAAAGAGUCCAACAGGAAGACAUCAGAGGGCGGAUCUAACAGUAGUUCUGAAAGCUGCAACGGACACGAUUCACCGCACUCGCAUUCAUCCUCCAAGGACCCUAAAAGGUCUGGGUCAGACGCGAAGUCCAGGCAGGACCUGAGCCCUGAACACGCAGCCUCACCUGCCUCCCAGGCGCACCACCUGAUGUCACAGCAUCACUCUGUCCUCGUGCACGAUGCUCACCUGAAGCCGGACCACCACUUUUCAUUUAACCACCCUUUCUCAAUUAACAAUCUCAUGUCUUCGGAGCAGCAGCACCAUAAAAUGGACCUAAAGACAUACGAGCAGGUGAUGCAUUACUCUGGGUAUGGUUCCGCAAUGACAGGUGCACUAUCCAUGAGCUCAAUGGCAAGCAAAACGGGCUUAGAAUCCUCACCAAUUUCAGCUGACACGUCCUACUACCAAGGUGUGUAUUCCAGACCGAUAAUGAACUCUUCUUGAAUAUUCUACAACAGAUGGACUUUACCAGGAAUUUGUACAUUUGUAAAUUGAUAAUUUGUGCGCACUACAAAGUAUUUUUGAUGUUUCCCACUGAUCCUAUAGUUGUCAAGGCUGUUAAACAUUUUUGUAAAGGGGUGUUAAAAUGUGAUAAUAUCUGUUUGUUGUUUUCAUUAUCGAGUUUUAAUAUGGACCGAAAAUGGGUUAGUGUUGUAAAAUAACAAUGAAGAUACUACGGUAAUUACAUUUAAGAUGCAAUUUGGGAAACUGAAGUUUUUCAGACGAGUAACUUAUCGUUUGUGUAUUCCUUAUUUAUGGCUUGUUAUUGUGACAUUCUUGUAGCUGACAAGAACAUAAUGUAUAU